AUGGUGUUAACAACCCAAGCAAGCGAAGCUGAAAUUCAUAGAAUUAUUCUCGAAAAUACGACCCAUCCCAGCAUCCUUACUAGCCUCUACAACAAGCUCAAUUGCCAAUGGCUUCCAGAACGCCACCCUAUCGGUAAUGGAAAACGCCGACCCCCACUACCAGCAUUAAUAAUCUAUGGGUUUCAGCAUUGGAUGCGCAUUCACGUUCUACUAAACCAGAUGAAGAAUACCAACGUCUAAUAGAUUUCCUUCAAGCACUAAAGCGCGCUGUAAUCCAUUCAGCUACAAAACGACCCGCAACAACGACCUCAAUCCUCAGCUCGCCAUUCCCAGCUGCCCCAAAAGACCGAGUUGUCAAGCGUUACGCAGGGCAUCUCGAGAGAGCCCUCGAAUCCACCGCGGGUCGCGCUGAAGGCAUAGAGGAGGUCCCAGACAUCGAAGGCCCCCGGAAAGAACUUGUAUACUUUAGACCAAAGUCUACCAAGACCCAAUUGGAAACCCGUAAAAUACAAGCAGAGUUAGUAAGCGGGCUGAAAGAACUAGACUGGAUAAAGAGGAAGCUAUUGGCGCGGAAUUCAAGGGAUCUGCACACAAACGGCUAGCGGAGGAGAACGGAGAGCUAGAAUCGCGGAAGAAGAGGGGGGCAGAGAUGCAAGCUGAACUGGACAGUUCAAGGAACAAAGUGAAGGAAUUGAGGAGGUUGAAAUCUGCUAGCAGCUGA